AAAAAAUUGGAAUUUUUGGGCUUUUUUAAAAAAUUGAAAAAUAUAUAAAAAGUAAAAAAAAAAAUUAUUAUAAUAAAUCUAAAUAAACAAUUAUUUAUAUAAAAUAAAAAUUUAUGAUUUUUGAUUAAUUAAAGGAAAGGAAAGAAAUCAGAGAACCCUAAUUUCCGAUGUUGCCGAAUCUGAUGAGAUCCAUAGCUCGCGGUGGGAGAUCGUUCGUAUCUCGCCGCAAUUUCUCUUCAUCGAGGGGCCAAGUUAUUUACCAGGACAUGGAUGCUGCGUUAGAGCAAAAGCAGCAGGCGGCUGCUUCGAUGGAGUUGAAGGAACAGGAGGAUGACUCUUAAUCUUGUUGUUUGAAAUUAAGGAAAGCCUAAGAUGCUAUCUGAAAAUUAUGGAUUUACAAGCUUGUUGGUGAUCGUUUCCAUUGAUUCUUCUUAUUUUGUUUAGUUGAUGAUGUUACAGAUUUUUUGUUUACAUCUGCGGCUAGAACUUUUAGUUUUCCUGUAUGGCAGCUGAAAUUUGGUGAAAGUGCUUUGCUUAAUUUUGCACGUUCGUGAAUCUGAGGAAAGCCUAAGAGGUUAUAGGAAAAUUAUGGAUUUACAAGCUUGUUGGUGAUCGUUUACAUUGAUUCUUAUUUUGCUAUCUAACAAGCUCAAGGUGGCCUGGAUUUCGUAUGUAAUUGGUAUCAGAGAUACUCAAUCGCUACAAUCACGUUAUGAUUAACAUCAUCAUCGGCACAUAUCAUUCUCCUUAGCUUGGACAAUAUAUACUUUCCUUAUUUUUCUCUACAAUUCAUGUAUAAAUGUAACUCUUAUCAUGUUCAAUACAAA